AUGCCCAGCAAGCCAAACAAGCACGGUGGUGGAGACGCCGAGUGGACGCCAGAGCACACACGUAUCGUCGUUGCGGGCAUGAUUGAGCUCGUCAAGGCAAACAAACGCACACUUUACACACUUCCUGGAAUUGUGGGAGAGGUGGACAACCACGGCAACAACCGCACGGGCUCCAAGGUCAACCAGAUCCUCAACACCCUUGCGAGCAGCUAUGGCGUCAGCGCGGAGACGGUCACAGGCGGCACGAAGCGCAAGAGUGGCGACAAGUCGACCACGUCCAAGCGCGCCAGGAAGGUCAAGGUGGAGGAGAUUGAAGAGAAGCCAGUGAUCCAGUGA